UUGCGGUGCCAUUCUACACUUUCUUACUCUGCUACAAGUUCGCAGUUUGUUUUCAGUGUAUCGGAACACAACUGGGGAUGGCAUGAGCACGAUUUCAUCGGUGUUUACGAAAGACUCACGGAAAAAGCACCAUGUUUUGCUAGUUUUAGUGCCCGUCAUGAGGCUAUCGCUGUCAUCAUGGACAAUCGGCCACCACCAAGUGAGGAGAAACGCGCCAAUCAAGUCUUCUUCUUGAUAGAUCCACGAGCGCAUAGGCAGGACCCAAGAAAGUUCAAGAGCAUUGGAGAAGUUAAGCGAUACUAUGGAGAUCAAGUGGAAUCAGCGCUAAGAGAAAUACAAGAAGUCGGCGAGACGAUUGAGAAAAUGUGGCGUAUUUUCUCACCAUCAACCUACUCUAGUGAUAUCAACCCAGAUGUAAGCAGAAUGGAUCGAAUCAUUGAGCUGAUGACACAGUACGAGGCCGGAAGACUGCAACGAAGAGCAUGGGCAGAAAAGAUGCAAUCAAGGCGAAUGCGUCACUUCUUCGAGGACGAGUUCUCGGAU